CACAUGGGGCUAUGUUAUGAUGUAGCAUCUGUGAUAAGAUUGAUUAAGCAAUUUGUUUAUAUAAAUGGCUCUGAUGGAGGAGAGUGUGCACAGAAGUUGAAAAAAGUUGGUAGAUUAGUUGACAAGUAUUUGAUAGAGAUAGCCCCUGAUCAGAACCUCAAAGUCACUAACUUUCUUGCAGUUGCAGAAUCUUUGCCUGAUCGUGCUAGGAACUGCUUCGAUGGAGUUUACAGACCUAUCGACAUUUAUCUUCAGUCUCAUCCAAUGCUGGCAUUUGAGGAGAGGUCAAGAUUGUGCAGAUGCCUUAAUUACAAUAAACUGAGCUUUGAAGUUUGUAAAGAUCUUGCAAAGAACCCCAGAAUACCUCCAAUCAUUGCAAUGAAGGCUCUUAUUUCUCAACAAUCCAAUGUUCCAUCAAGUGACUUAGAAAUUCAGGAGAAUGAAAUCAUUAAGACAGAUUCAUUCUUGGAAGAGAAAGAAGAUAUGAGACAAAACCUUCAGAGAAUGGAACUAAGAGUAAAAGAAUUGGAGAUAUUGUGCAAGGAAAUGAAGGUUCACAUAUCAAAGUUUCAUUAGCCAUCAUCCACAAUAAUGCUUAAUCUUUUUUCUGGCCAAAAUGUUUUUUUUUUCUUUCAAAUGUGUGUUUUAAUGGUCUUGCUUCAUUCAUAUUUCUUUGAUUGUAAAAAGAUGUAUUUUUUAUUUUUAUUAUUUUGGUUUUGUUCCAAUGGGUACAUAUAGUAGAAAGUCAAUAUUCUACAUUGGCCUUCCUUUAUACACAAUAAACAAUGUGAUACAAGUAUUUCGAUU